AUGAUAGAGGACUACAUAAACCCCUCCGCGACAAUUGUUGGUGCUAUCUCUGGACUACAUAACCCUCCGCGACAGUUGUUGGUGCUAUCUCUGGACUACAUAACCCUCCGCGACAGUUGUUCUCAAAUAAAAAGCCAUGUUAGUGACCAUGAACCCACGAUACAUGAACUCGUCUCCGAGAAUGUCGACAUAAAGGACACUACAGUCAAUGAACUCGUCCCCGAGAAUGUCGACAUAAAGGACACUACAGUCAAUGACCUCGUCCCCGAGAAUGUCGACAUAAAGGACACUACAGUCAAUGAACUCGUCCCCGAGAAUGUCGACAUAAAGGACACUACAGUCAAUGAACUCGUCCCCGAGAAUGUCGACAUAAAGGACACUGCAGUCAAAGAACUCGUCUCAGAGAAUGUCGACACACAGGACACUACAGUCAAUGCACUCGUCCCCGAGAAUGUCGACAUAAAGGACACUACAGUCAAUGAACUCGUCCCCGAGAAUGUCGACAUAAAGGACACUACAGUUAAUGAACUCGUCCCCCAGAAUGUCGACAUAAAGGACACUACAGUUAAUGAACUCGUCCCCGAGAAUGUCGACACACAGGACACUACAGUCAAUGAACUCGUCCCCGAGAAUGUCGACACACAGGACACUACAGUCAAUGAACUCGUCCCCGAGAAUGUCGACAUAAAGGACACUACAGUCAAUGACCUCGUCCCCGAGAAUGUCGACAUAAAGGACACUACAGUCAAUGAACUCGUCCCCGAGAAUGUCGACAUAAAGGACACUACAGUCAAUGACCUCGUCCCCGAGAAUGUCGACAUAAAGGACACUACAGUCAAUGAACUCGUCCCCGAGAAUGUCGACACACAGGACACUACAGUCAAUGAACUCGUCCCCGAGAAUGUCGACAUAAAGGACACUACAGUCAAUGAACUCGUCCCCGAGAAUGUCGACAUAAAGGACACUACAGUCAAUGAACUCGUCCCCGAGAAUGUCGACAUAAAGGACACUACAGUUAAUGAACUCGUCCCCCAGAAUGUCGACAUAAAGGACACUACAGUUAAUGAACUCGUCCCGAAGAAUGUCGACACACAGGACACUUUAGUCAAUGAGACAGAACCUAGAAACCGUGAGCAGAGAGUCUUAUGUGGAAAACCUACAGCUAUCCAAAGUAUCCAAGAUUUGGAAUUUUAA